CGUGAGAACUUUUCACUGUCCUGAACUUAAAAAACAGCUCAACACACACAUUUACUUACCAUCCAACUCUGUGUGAAUAAUACGAUUUUAUUAUUAUGUCACCCAUUACGUUACUCAUGUACAUGCGUUUACGACGAUAGUGCAUGUAUUUUUCCAUCCGAUAUCGUAUACACAGAAGAUCUGCAAUUUCUUGAACGCCAUGUGAAGCGAAGAUGACCUAAUGUUAUGUUUCUACCAAUCAAUUAAAUUGAAAAUGGACUCCCCAAUCCCACGGCAUUUCAGUCCAAUUUCGAUCCUUUGCCAUCAAACAGCUUCCCGUGUGCGUUGCGUGUCCCUUGUUCAAUAAUAAUGUGAGUUUGUGUCGGAAAUAUUUAAAGUAGUCAGUAACUAACUAAAAAGUGAAAUUUGUGACUCCGUUCUUUUAAAAGUUGUUCAAAAUUUGGAACGGAUCUUUAUAAAAUGGGUUUUAUCACAUCAUUAACAAAUCAUUUCUUCGUCGUAACGCUUUUUGGCGUGGCGGUGAUGUCGCAACACAUCCCGUCGCCCAGCAGACCUUCGGUGACCAAUAUAUUCUCGGAGAAUCGUGAAUCCAGCGAUCGUCUCAUCGUGACGCCAUACAUAACGCGAGGAGAGAUCGAACGUGCCCAAAACUUGUCGAGGGUCACCAAUUUCACGAGGGUAUUAAGCUACUCGGGCUUCUUUAAUGUGCACCCCACCUACAAUUCCAACAUGUUCUUUUGGUUCUUCCCCGCAGCGUACAACUCUGAAAAUGCUCCUGUCGUCCUCUGGUUGCAAGGAGGUCCUGGGGCACCCUCGUUGUUCGGACUUUUUACCGAACAUGGACCAUUUCUCGUCGACUCGAAGAGUUAUCUUCGCUUCAGAAGUAAUCCUUGGUCACUGACGCAUUCCGUGUUGUACAUCGAUAAUCCGGUGGGAUGUGGCUUCAGUUUUACUGAGGAUGAAAACGGGUACGCCCGAAAUGAAAAAGACGUCUCACGCGAUUUAUAUAACGCUUUGACCCAAUUUUUCACCCUUUUCCCAAACUAUCAAUCGAGAGAUUUCUACAUUGCGGGGCAGUCUUAUGGAGGAAAAUACGCACUCAGCAUUGCAUACAAGAUUCACAAAACGAACCAAGAGCUCCCCGCAGUUCGGAUAAAUCUACGCGGUCUAAUCCUCGGAGCUCCGUUCGUCGAUCCCGUGUCGAUGAUUGACUUUGGCGAAUUCAUGUACAACAUCGGACUAAUCGAUGAAAAUGGAAGGGCUCAUUUCGACCAAAAGUAUGCCGAGAGUAAGGACCUGAUUUCGAAGGGGAGAUGGCUGGAUGUCGACAAUUUAAUGGAUGAACUUCUUCACGGAGAUUUUACCCCGUUCCCCACCUAUUUCAAAAAUGUCACAGGAUUUGACUUCAACAAGAACUACUUGGAGGAAACGCGUCCCAAAACGUAUGGAUUUUACCAGCAGUACAUUCAGCGGGACUAUGUUCGCCACGCGAUCCACGUGGGGGCCACGCCGUAUCAGAAUUUCAAUUCCUCCGUCCUCAAAUAUAUGAGGCAAGACUUCCACCAAAGCGUGAAACCAUGGGUCGAAGAAUUGCUCGAUGCCGAUUACAGAAUGAUCAUCUACUCGUCACAGUUGGACAUGGCUGUGCCACACACGGGAAUUGCGAGGUUCAUAAGAUCACUAAAGUGGAAGGGCUCGGACGACUACGCCACGUCAGAGCGAAAAAUAUGGAAAGUUAACCGUGAAAUUGCCGGGUAUUCUAAAAACGCUAGAAAUCUUAUCUACUUAUUUAUCCGAAAUGCGGGUCAUGUCGCGCCUCAUGACAAACCGGAAUGGACGUUCGACAUGAUCAACAGAUUCACGGCUGGAAAAACAUUCUAAGGAAAUUGGAGAAGAAAAUCUUAGUCAUUUUUUUACCACAUUUUUAUUUUUAUUGCGAAAAGUUGGCCUAUUUUUUAAUUGUUACACUUUUUUAUGUAUCGCACUGCCUACUUACACAUCUCUAGCUACCUAUCUCUUUUUUCCUCUUUGGCUAAAUUAUCAAUUUCACUUACACAUCUUAUCCAUUCUGUCCCUGAAAAACUUUUUUCUUUGCUUAUCUUGCUGAACUAUUUCACUCUUCCCUUCUGCUCUAAAUUCUGUAUAAUCCUUCCUUAUUUUCAAUGAAAUGGAAUUGUGUCACAUAUUUUCCUUCUUCUUAUUUCAGACUUUUGUCACAUCAAUUUGUUUACACUUGGUCAUAUUUCUUCUUAUAAAGCUAAGUAAUACAGCAUUAGUAAUGCAGCAUUUCAUUUAAUCAGCAAAAGAAAAAAGCCGCGGCAGGGGAAGACCUAUUAUUAAAUAUUUUAUCUUGUGGCUUGGUUUGGUUUCGUUCGUGGUCAUUAACGAUUAACCGCAUCAAUCAUUCACUUAACCAACCACAAGAAGCAAACAGACUGUCAUUUAUAUAAAUAUAAGUAAAUAAACAACAACAAACACUAUCGUAAGUAAUUCAACGCAAAGAAAUUGCAUGUUAGCCAAGUUUUUGUAUGUACAUAAAUAUGUAUCGGAUGUCUUAAUUUAGGCAUGUCUUGUCAAAUAUGUAAUAAGUGAUAAAAGUAAAUAAAUAACUAAAUACAUGCAUGAGA